CUGGGAUUUACCGUCAGAUUUUUUUUAACUAUUUUUUUUUGUCUUUUUGGAUGGGAAAAUUAAAGCAGCAGGAGCGGGACGCAUGAAGGAAUCCAGGAUGAAUAUGGACAACCUGAGUAAGCCGGAGCUGCUGAUGUUGUUCAGCGUGCUAGAGGGGGAGCUGGAGGCAAGGGAUCUUGUAAUUGAGGCCCUAAGGGCCCAGCACAGAGAUGCGUUUGUGCAGGAGCGCUAUGGGAAGUACAAUCUCAGCGACCCAUUCCUGGCCCUGCAGCGGGACAACGAGGUGGGGCGGGGCCUUGCGCAGCCGGAGAGGGGUCCACUGUGCUCCAGUCCGCUCACCAUCCUCAAACUGGUCAUGUCCCACUGCAAGAGGAUGCAGGAGAGGAUGCUGGCUCAGCUUGCCGCAGCAGAGAGCAGGCACAGGAAGGUCAUUGCAGACCUGGAGGAAGAGAAACGCCGGCAUGCCCAGGACACAGCCGAGGGCGAUGAUGUCACCUAUAUGCUGGAGAAGGAGAGAGAACGCCUCCUACAACAGCUGGACUUUGAGAAGGCGCAGGUGAAGAGGCUGGAGAAGGAGCAGAAGAAGCUGUCGGGGCAGGCGGAGGAGGACCGGGCGCAGCACAAGCAGCUGUCCUCCGCACUGGCCAAAGAAUGCAAGAGAGCCACGGCACGCGCGGCCGAGGAGAGCCAGCGGGUGGCCGAGCUCGGCCAGCGGCUGGAGGAAGAGCGGGGGGUGACCCGGGGGCUGCAGGCCGAGCUGGAGGCCGAGAGGAAGCGGGCCCUGCAGAUGGAGGCACGGGCGGAGAAGCAGCUGGACGAGUUUGACACCGAGAGGGAGCAGCUGAGGGCCCGGCUGAAGAAGGAGGAAGGUAGGAGCAAGGAGCUACAGGAGGAGGUAGAGAGACUAAGGAAGGAGCUAGCAGAGUUGAGGGGCAGAGAGGGCCUCCCCCUGGUGCCCACCAUGGCCUCCGUAGCCUGCCAGAAUGAAGCCUCAGCAAAGCCGGCAGCCAAAUCAUCCACCCAUCCUAAAAUGAAUGGGCAUUACCUCAAAGAUGGCGAUCCUUCACCAGGGGAGAAGACCAGCCAGGAAAACGGGGUGGAGAAUGGCGGCCUGCACUCCCCUGUCCAUCUCCACCAGAGCCUGUCCCCCACCAGCACAGCCUCCUCUUCCCUCACCUCCUCCCCUUGCUCCUCUCCGGUUUUGGCUAAGCGCCUAAUGGGGCUUUCUGCCACCAGCCCUGGCUACCAGUCCUCCUACCAGGCUGGCAUCAACCAGCGCUUCCAGGCUGCCCGCCACAAGUUCCAAGCCCAGGCGGAGCAGGAGCAGCAGGUCGGCGGGGUGUCUCCUCGUUCCCCCCGCGACCUGUCGCCCACCGCUGCCGAGCAUAGCUCCGCCAAGCAGCUGGCACGCAACACUGUCACGCAGGUGCUCUCCCGCUUCACCAACCAGCAGAGCAAACCGGGCUCCCCUAGCAACAGCUCCCCCUUCGGCACGGACUAUCGCACCCUGGCCCCACCACCCCAUUCCCGGGGUGAUCAUUCCCCAACUGCCGGCAAGGUCUCCAGCCCGCUGUCGCCUGGGAUCAAGUCUCCCACUAUCCCCCGGGCCGAGAGGGGCCACCCACCCCCCAUCCCUCCCAAGAAACCAGGUCUGGCCCAAUCUCCAGCCUCCCCAGUACCGCCGGGCAGAGCCAGCCAGUUUCCAGAGCUCUCCGGCAGCUGCGGCCUCACCUCCUCCCCCGAAGCGGCUAAGGAGCCCGAUCUGGUGAUGUCAACCACCAGCUAACCAUGGCCACACCCACCUUCCCAUGGUGCACCCCUUCCUCCGUCAGCAUUCCACACUCUGUACUGACAGACUAAGUUUGAAGAAACACUGUUUUAGUUAAUUUAUUACAGUUGAUAUGUUGAAUUUUAUUCCUCAUAGAUGAAGUUGUAACCUUUCUACGUGUACUUCUGUAUUUAUCAUUAUGUUUAUUAUUGUCAGAAUGAGAAAAUUGACAUUGAAUUCUAAAAACCUUCACUGAUUCAGCUAUGUCCAGUUGAAGUGAGUCCAGCAACACAGAGUCACUUAUGCCACAAAUGUAUGGCCUCCUCAUGUUUUAAAGAAAUUUUGCUUUGAAGCGCAUAUAAGCUUAUAAAUAGUAUUAUGUUUUCCAAACUCCA